UCUUUGGACAUUAUAGUGUUUUUAACUUAGAUUUAUCUAAAAUAGACCCGUCUACACAAUCCUUACGACGUUUUACUCAAUCGCUGUUGCUUUGGUGGGAAAAUAUUGAAUAUAUCGGAAGAUGGAAACUGAUGAAAAAGACGUGUUCGGUCACCGGUUGAAGGAGCUCACCGACGAAGAGAAACAGCGUUUAGAGGCUCAAAACUCCCGUUUAAUACCCGAAGCGAAGGCGCAAAAGCUCGAACGCGACGCCAAGCGUCACUGGGACAUUUUUUACAAGCGAAAUGAAACUAAGUUCUUCCGCGACCGCCAUUGGACCACGCGUGAAUUCCAGGAGCUUAUUAACUUCGAUCCAGAGCAGAAAAUCACAUUCUUAGAGCUCGGCUGUGGCGUUGGCAACAUGCUGUUCCCGCUAGUGGUAGAAGGGUUUGACAAUUUCUAUUUCUACGCGUGUGACUUUUCGCCGCGUGCCGUCGAGUUUGUAAAGAACAAUAAGCUCUAUGAUCCCAGCAAGAUGACUGCUUUUUGCGCUGACUUGACUACUGACGAUUUAUUCGAGAACGUUCAGGAAGCGAGUGUGGACAUAGCCAGCCUUAUUUUCGUCCUGUCUGCCAUUCAACCGGCGUGCUGGGAGAAAGUAGCUAAAAACGCGUUGCGAGUGCUUCGCCCGGGCGGGAUCCUGCUGUUUAGAGACUACGGUCGGUACGACAUGGCUCAGUUGAGGUUCAAACCUGGCCACAAGAUUGCUGAGAAUUUCUAUAUGCGCCAAGAUGGGACUAGGAGCUACUAUUUCACGGAAGAAGAACUGGCCUCACUGUUCAGCAAUGCGGGCUUUGAGAUCCUCACCAACAGCUAUGUGCAGCGGAGAACUGUCAACUUCAAGGAGGGUGUGGACGUACCGAGGAUCUUUGUGCAGGGGAAAUUUAAAAAGAAGGACUGAGAGUUGCCAGGAGAUGUGUGACUGAAUGGGACAAAUUAAAUUCAAUGGAUGCUAAAACAUUGCUUCCAGCAUGAUGAUCCAUGAGGAGAGAUACCAGCUAAUGGAGUCCGUAGUUACAAAUGAUGCCAAGUACACUACUUAUUACUGAGCUUGAAGAUAUCAAGAUAUCAUUGAUUAGAGGCGAUGGCUUGGUGAGAGAGAGUGGCUGACCGAUUUUGUCUUUGGUAAUGGUCGCCAUCCUGGCGAGUUUCGUCAUUGCUUGGCUUCCAUUUUGGAAAUCUGUAUUCAAUGAAAGCAGAAUAGGAGCUACAGCUGAAGAUGUAUGCAUUGGAGCAGGUACUGAAUGACAUGACGAAUCACAAAAUGGCGGAAUGGCAUCUUGCAGGUAUAAGGAUAGACUUCGGUGUGCUGCAGAGAAAAACUUUACAGGUAUGGAACGCAGCUGAGAUUUUGGAACCUAAAUGAUAUAAUAAUGUAUUUAGUUAUUGCGACGACAUAAUAAAUGAACGUACCAAA